GGGAGUGCCGGGCCCAUGGCGGGUGGGGCCCCGAGGGCGGCGCUGGGGCUGCAGGGGGACGAGGCCUCCUGGUGGGUCCCUCCCUCCCUCCCUCCGAGGCCUGGAAGCCCUGAGUCUCCGGGGAGGUGGGUUCCCGUGCGGCCUUGAGGCCGUGGGCAGGGCAGGGCCAGGCUUACCCCGCUCUGGGGCCCCCCCGCCUCCGCCACCGAGGGAGAGAAGAGUGGAAGCAAACAGAGGAAUUGAUCAGCAGCUGAACAGACUGGAGAGAGAGAGAGAGAGAGAGAGAGAGAGGGGUCUGGGGAGAACUGGCCCUGGUUUAGAGGAGUUGUAGGGACUGGGAUGUAUAGUUCACCUGCCAUCUAAGAACUGCACUCUGAACCCCACCAAUGAUGGACCUGGAACUCACUUGGCACACAGGCCCCACACGGCCAACUUUGCAUACUGAUGGGGUUUGGGGGCGAUUGACCUUGACUUCCAAGAGUUAUAGUUCAGCCAUAUUGGAAUGUAUAGUUCACCAACAAUCAAUGAGGACUCUGAACUCCACCAACAAUUGACCUGGAACUAACUUGGCAAACAGAACCCACAUGACCAGCAAAAAAUACUGGAGGUCUUUGGGGGGAAUUCACCUUGAUUUGGGGGAGUUGUAGUUCACCUGCAUCCAGAGAGGACUGUGAACCCAAACACGGAUGGAUCUUGACCAGACUUGGCACCCAGACCAGAUAUGCCGAGAUGUGAUUACUGGAGGGGUUUGGAGGGACUGAUCUUCCUUUCUGGGAGUUGUAGUUCACCCACAACCACGGAAACUGCGACCUCCACUGAUGAUGGAUCUGGACCACACUUGGCACACGGAACCCCAUGUAACUCAACCUACUGGAGGAGUUGGAGGGGACAGACUCACCAUGGUGGGAGUUGUAGUUCAGCCUACAGCCAGUAAGCACACUGGACCCCACUCGUGAUGCGUCAAGAGCAAACUUACCCAACAUACAAACUUGGAAGUAUUGAUGGAGUUUCUGGGGGUUAACUUGGCAUGAUGGGAGUUGUAGUUCACCCACAAUCUUAUGAGUUUUGGACAAUUAAAACACUGACUUUGUGAUCUUGCUGAAUUCCUACAUUCACUUUGGAUUAUAGAGCAGAACGGAAGAGUCGGAAGAGACUGCAGGAGGCACCCAGUCCAGGCCUCUGCCGUGCAAGGAAAGUGCAAAGGACCCCUGACAGAUGUGCAUCUGGCCUCUGGUUAAAGGAUUCCAGAGGAGCCUCCACUACAUUUUGAGGCAGAGAGUUUCACUGUCGAACAGCUCUUACAGUCAAGAAGUUCUUCUUAAUGUUUAGAUGGAAUCUACUUUCCUGUAAUUUGAACCUACUGCUGUGAGUGAUCAGAAAGGGAAAAACAAGAAUCAAAUGUCCAUAUUGGAAUUAAAUGUACAUAGCACUGUUGACAUGGAGGAGAAAGCAUAUAAAUGUAUCGAAUGUGGAAAGAGCUUUAGUAAACAUGGAAACAUGAAAAGACAUCAAAGGAUUCACACUGGGGAGAAACCCUAUAACUGCCUGGAGUGUGGACAGAGCUUCACUCAGAAGGGAAACUUAAAUACACAUCAAAGGACUCACACUGGGGAGAAACCCUAUAACUGCCUGGAGUGUGGACAGAGCUUUACUCGGAAGGGACAGUUACAUUCACAUCAAAGGACUCACACUGGGGAGAAACCCUAUAACUGCCUGGAGUGUGGACAGAGCUUCACUCAUAGUUCAGUACUACGUAGACAUCAAAGGACUCACACUGGGGAGAAACCCUAUAACUGCCUGGAGUGUGGACAGAGCUUUACUCAUAGAUCAGGCCUACGAUCACAUGAAAGGACUCACACUGGGGAGAAACCCUAUAAAUGCCUGGAGUGUGGACAGAGCUUCACUCAUAGUUCAAGCUUACAUAGACAUCAAAGGACUCACACUGGGGAGAAACCCUAUAACUGCCUGGAGUGUGGACAGAGCUUCACUCAUAGUUCAGGCUUAUGUAGACAUCGAAGGACUCACACUGGGGAGAAACCCUAUAAAUGCCUGGAGUGUGGACAGAGCUUUGCUCAGAGUGGAAAUUUACGUUCACAUCAAAGGACUCACACUGGGGAGAAACCAUAGAAAUGCAUGGAGUGUGGACAGAGCUUUUCACGGAGUGAGUUUAUACAUAAACAUCAUAAAAUUCACCCUGAAGAUAAUGGUGUUAAUUGACCCCAGAGUGUCAUUCUAACAUGUACAAAAGCAACUCUUGCACAUUUUGGAAAUUCAAGCUCAAAGUUGGGACAUUUCAUCACAUGUGGUGUAUUGUAGAAAUAUUGAACUAAAAUAUGUUCCAUUCUGGAAGGAAACAAGGUUACAUGAAACUAGAGUUUUAUAUGCUGAGAAUGUUGGAUGAUCAAUUAGGAUGAAAGCAUGGGUAGUUACUGCGAGAUACUAAAGUGAGAAUUGACAGGGAUGGAAGGAAUGUUUUAUUCCAAAGCAAAAAUAAUGGCUUAUGAAGAUCUGCAAAUUAGCCAAAACGAACAAACUGACAACAAUGUGGGCAAAUGUCAGUUGUAAUAUCUAUUAAUUGGAAGAGUGUUAUCAGAAAUAGAAGUGUGGUUAUAUUAUAUUAUCUAAAGGGAGAAGAAUAAUGAGAGAUAAAAAUUAACAGAUCGAAUGAGGCCUUUAGGCACGUAUCCCUAUCUGAUUUCUAGUUCAGUUGUGUGUUUAUGUAGGUAAUUGUUUCGAUAGUGUGUUUGUUUCUGAUUUAGUUUUGUAUCUCUUGUAGUUAGUUUCAUGUUCAGUUGAAGCAUUAUAUAUAAUUUCUGCAUUUUUUGUAUUGUUGCUUUUAAUCUUUUUUAUUAUUAUUAUUUUUUUGCAAAAAAAGAGGGGGAUUUAAAAGGGUCAAAACUGCUGAAACUGGAAGUGUGGAUAGACCCGGUUUUAGCCCAAAAUGGGGUUUUAUGUUUAAAUGCCUUUGGACAUCAUUUCCUUCCUCGGUGUUGGUGGCAUGGGUUUGGCACCAGUCCAGCAGCUCAGUGGUUUAACUCUCUGGAGGCAAAUUUGAAUGCUGCAAUUAGCCAGAAUGAGUAGCACAUAAUGGCCUUUCAGCUUCAAAGCCUGGCUGCUUCCUCCCUGGGAAAAUCCUAGGUGUUAACUGGCCCUGGUUGUUUCAUGUCUGGAAAUCCCCUGUUUUCAGAGUGUUGUUCUUUGCAAUGUUUUCUGUUCUUCUACUGCCUGUGUAGAUAAAGGAGUACCCAUGUGCAGAGCUUGAGUGCACACUCUCAAAAAGAAUGACUGUGGCCUUCACACAACAGAGGAUUGGCCAGGCUUUGAUGAUGCAAGGCUAUUCAGUACUAUUCAUGCUGGCCAACAAGGGAUUCCCCUAGGUAGGAAGCAGCCAGGCAAGUGGGGUUUAUAUCCCUGUGGAAUAAUCUCAAGGGUGGGAGAAAGAACUCUUGUCUGUUGGGAGGGAAGUAUGAAUGCUGCAAUUAGCCAGAAUGAUUCGCAUGUAAUGGCCUUUCAGCUUCAAAGCCUGGCUGCUUCCUCCCUGGGGGAAUCCUUUGUUGGGAGGUGUUAGCUGGCCCUGGUUACUUCAUGUCUGGAAUUCCCCUGUUUUCAGGGUGUUGCUCUUUAUUUACUGCCCCCAAUUUUAGAGAUUAUAUUGUUCUGUAUUAUUAUACCACAGUAAUUAUUAUAUAUUAUGUUUAUAAUCUUACGUUAUCUGCUUAGAACUGGAUUAUAUGUGGCCCCUUCUACACAGCUGCAUAAAAUCCACACUGAAGUGGAUUAUAUGGCAGUGUGGAAUCAAGAUAAUCCAGUUCAAAGCAGAUGCUGUGGAUUAUGUGCCUCUGGGUUAUAUAUCUGUGUGGAAGGGCCUUGAGUCUACACUGCCAUAUAAUCCAGAUCAAAUCAGAUUCUAUAGGCAGUGUGGAAGAGGCCUAAGUGAACUCUACCUGUCUCCGAGGCGCUUCUAUUGUCUGUGGCCCUGAGAAAACAGAGGAUUUGCCAGACUUUGGUGAUGGGAAUCCUUUGUUGGGAGGUGUUAGCUGGCUCUGAUUGUUUCCUGUGUGGAAUUCCCGUUUUCAGAGUGUUGUUCUUUAUUUAGUGUUCUUAUUUUAAGAGAUUGUAUUGUUCUGUUAUACCACAGUAAUUUUUAUAUAUUCUGAUAUUAGUGUUUUUGAAUACUUGGAGCCAGAUUGUAUUCAUUUUCACAGUUCACAGCAACAUAAUAAUAAUAAUAAUAAUAAUAAUAAUAAUAAUAAUAAUAGUAGUAGUAGUAGUAGUAGUAAUAAUGACUUUGGUAAUACACACUGCUUCACUCCCUUCUCAGCUUCCUUUCUGGAAGAAUCCUUUCUUGGGAGGUGUUAGCUGGCCCUGAUUGUUUUCUUUCUGGAAUUCCCAAAUUUCCUGCUUUCAGCUUGUUGCUCUUUAUUUACUGUCAUGGUUUUAGAGAUUCUGUUGUUUUGUAUUAUUAUACAACAGUAAUUAUUUCAUAUUACACUAGAAUCUCACUUAUCCAACAUUCGCUUAUCCAAUGUUCUGGAUUAUCCAACAUAGUUUGCCUUUUAGUAGUCAAUGUUUUUGUAGUCAAUGUUUUAAAUGCAUUGUGAUAUUUUGGUGGUAAAUUUGUAAAUACAGUAAUUACUACAUAGCAUUACUGCACAUUGAAGUCUUUUUUUCUGUCAAAUUUGUUGUAUAACAUGAUGUUUUGGUGCUUAAUUUGUAUAAUCGUUACCUAAUUUGAUGUUUAAUAGGCUUUUCCUGAAUCCCUUCUUAUUAUCUAACAUAUUAUCCAACUUAUCCAACGUUCUUCUGGCCUGUUUAUGUUGGAUAAGUGAGAGUCUACUGUAUAUUUAUAAUCUUAUAUUAUCUGCUUAGAACUGGAUUAUAUGAGGCCCCUUCUACACAGCUCUAUAAAAUGCACACUGAAGUGGAUUAUAUGGCAGGUAGAAUGAGGCUUUUAGGCACAUAUCCCUGUCUGUUAGUUCAAUUGUGUGUCUAUGUAGGUAACUGUUUCAUUAGUGCCUUUGUUUCUGAUUUAGUUUUGUAUCUCAUGUAGUAGUUAGUUUCAUGUGUAGUUGAAACAUUCUAUAUAAUUUCUGCCUUUUUUGUAUUGUUGAAAUCAUGCAAAAAUUGGAAGGUUAGAAGAUUUGAUUUAUACAGAUUUUAAGUAAAUAACUUUUAAAAAAAAGAAGAUAAAAUUUGGAAAGCCUGGGAUGAUGGAGCCUCUAAAUGUUAUAAGCUGGGUAGCGGAGGAGGCUCUGAGACGGAGGAGGCCUCCAGAUGUUAUAAGCUGAGCAGUGGAGGAGGCUCUGAGAUGGAGGAGGCCACUAAAUGUUAUAAGCUGAGCAGUGGAGGAGGCCCUGAGAUGGAGGAGGCCACUAAAUGUUAUAAGCUGAGCAGUGGAGGAGGCUCUGAGAUGGAGGAGGCCACUAAAUGUUAUAAGCUGAGCAGUGGAGGAGGCUCUGAGAUGGAGGAGGCCACUAGAUGUUAUAAGCUUAGCAGUGGAGGAGGCUCUGAGAUGGAGGAGGCCACUAGAUGUUAUAAGCUGAGCAGUGAAGGAGGCUCUGAGAUGGAGGAGGCCACUAGAUGUUAUAAGCUGAGCAGUGGAGGAGGCUCUGAGAUGGAGGAGGCCACUAGAUGUUAUAAGCUGAGCAGUGGAGGAGGCUCUGAGAUGGAGGAGACCUCUAGAUGUUAUAAGCUGAGCAGUGGAGGAGGUUCUGAGAUGGAGGAGGCCUCUAGAUGUUAUAAGCUGAGCAGUGGAGGAGGCUCUGAGAUGGAGGAGGCCACUAGAUGUUAUAAGCUGAGCAGUGGAGGAGGCUCUGAGAUGGAGGAGGCCUCUAGAUGUUAUAAGCUGAGCAGUGGAGGAGGCUCUGAGAUGGAGGAGGCCUCUAGAUGUUAUAAGCUGAGCGGUGGAGGAGGCUCUGAGAUGGAGGAGGCCACUAGAUGUUAUAAGCUGAGCAGUGGAGGAAGCUCUGAGAUGGAGGAGGCCUCUAGAUGUUAUAAGCUGAGCAGUGGAGGAGGCUCUGAGAUAGAGGAGGCCUCUAGAUGUUAUAAGCUGAGCAGUGGAGGAGGCUCUGAGAUGGAGGAGGCCACUAGAUGUUAUAAGCUGAGCAGUGGAGGAGGCUCUGAGAUGGAGGAGGCCUCUAGAUGUUAUAAGCUGAGCAGUGGAGGAGGCUCUGAGAUGGAGGAGGCCACUAGAUGUUAUAAGCUGAGCAGUGGAGGAGGCUCUGAGAUGGAGGAGGCCUCUAGAUGUUAUAAGCUGAGCAGUGGAGGAGGCUCUGAGAUGGAGGAGGCCUCUAGAUGUUAUAAGCUGAGCAGUGGAGGAGGCUCUGAGAUGGAGGAGGCCUCUUGAUGUUAUAAGCUGAGCAGUGGAGGAGGCUCUGAGAUGGAGGAGGCCACUAGAUGUUAUAAGCUGAGCAGUGGAGGAAGCUCUGAGAUGGAGGAGGCCUCUAGAUGUUAUAAGCUGAGCAGUGGAGGAAGCUCUGAGAUGGAGGAGGCCUCUAGAUGUUAUAAGCUGAGCAGUGGAGGAAGCUCUGAGAUGGAGGAGGCCUCUAGAUGUUAUAAGCUGAGCAGUGGAGGAGGCUCUGAGAUGGAGGAGGCCUCUAGAUGUUAUAAGCUGAGCAGUGGAGGAGGCUCUGAGAUGGAGGAGGCCUCUAGAUGUUAUAAGCUGAGCAGUGGUGGAAGCUCUGAGAUGGAGGAGGCCACUAGAUGUUAUAAGCUGAGCAGUGGAGGAGGCUCUGAGAUGGAGGAGGCCUCUAGAUGUUAUAAGCUGAGCAGUGGAGGAAGCUCUGAGAUGGAGGAGGCCUCUUGAUGUUAUAAGAUGAGCAGUGGAGGAGGCUCUGAGAUGGAGGAGGCCACUAGAUGUUAUAAGCUGAGCAGUGGAGGAAGCUCUGAGAUGGAGGAGGCCUCUAGAUGUUAUAAGCUGAGCAGUGGAGGAAGCUCUGAGAUGGAGGAGGCCACUAGAUGUUAUAAGCUGAGCAGUGGAGGAAGCUCUGAGAUGGAGGAGGCCUCUAGAUGUUAUAAGCUGAGCAGUGGAGGAAGCUCUGAGAUGGAGGAGGCCUCUAGAUGUUAUAAGCUGAGCAGUGGAGGAAGCUCUGAGAUGGAGGAGGCCUCUAGAUGUUAUAAGCUGAGCAGUGGAGGAGGCUCUGAGAUGGAGGAGGCCUCUAGAUGUUAUAAGCUGAGCAGUGGAGGAGGCUCUGAGAUGGAGGAGGCCUCUAGAUGUUAUAAGCUGAGCAGUGGUGGAAGCUCUGAGAUGGAGGAGGCCACUAGAUGUUAUAAGCUGAGCAGUGGAGGAGGCUCUGAGAUGGAGGAGGCCUCUAGAUAUUAUAAGCUGAGCAGUGGAGGAAGCUCUGAGAUGGAGGAGGCCUCUAGAUGUUAUAAGCUGAGCAGUGGAGGAAGCUCUGAGAUGGAGGAGGCCACUAGAUGUUAUAAGCUGAGCA